GUAACGGCGUACCAUAAAGGGUACCGGAGCAGCGGGCAGACUAAGAUUAUCCACCGGUAUUUACCGAGAGAGGCCGGCGAGCUACUUGUGUGGUACUUAUAGCUCGUACUUCCGUUCUGGCAGGAAGCAGAAGGCAUCACGAAGCAGGCCCACCACUAUAGCGCUUUCUUAUGGGCCGACGAGGUCAUAUAGAAGAGGAGCGGCGGAGGAGCGGCGACGGUAACCAGCAUAGAUAUCGAUAACGCGGGCGAUACUGCCGAGGACGGGGACGAGGGUAGGGCGGCGUGGGCUUGGAUAGAGGAUCGGACGUGGACGACGGACCGGGCCAGGCGAAUUAUACAACGGCACAGCAGCCGGCUACUCGGUAACAAGCUGAACGUGAGCAUGUGGCGGCAUAUUGCCAUCGCUAUCGCCAACCGAUUCUUACACGAGGCGUUCGGGCGGUGGGAUCUAGGGAAGAAGGGAGACGACGAGGACGAAGACGAGCUCGGUGAUAGCCCGUGGGAUCUACAAGCCGGGCACGGGACGCGGAUCGCCGGUAUGAUCUAUGGGCGGCUACUAGUCCAGUUCGGUAGCGGGGUAGCGGCUAAGCAGCAGCAGUUUCGUAAGGUCAGCUCGCAGUGGCAUCGGUUCUUGGGGUUUGGGGACGAGGACCGGGCGAGCGACGGUUACCGCAGCGGCUCGAAGCGAAAGGUAGAGCUCUACGACGGCGUCCGUCUCGAGGCCCGGCUACGGCGGUUCGCACGGCUACAGCAGGCGGACAUGGCCGGCCGGCUACGGCAGAUGACGGGGGACGACGCAGCGACGUUCCGCGGGAACCAGGCGAAGGUAGUCGGGGCUAUCGUCAACGGGCAUAGCCCGAUCAUCCAGGUAAUGGGCACGGGCAGCGGUAAGAGUUUAUCGUUUAUGCUAUCAGCGUUCUGCUCACCGGACGGCGUAACGGUAGUUAUUACACCACUUACCGCGCUUCGGACCGACUUAGAGGCGCGGUAUACUAAAUUAGGGAUCGCCUCCCAUAUAUAG